AUGGGCACCGAGCAGGCCGCUCCAAGUGUCAAAGGGAAGUUUGCAAAAGGAGCAGCGAGCUUAAUACCACAGCUACCUCAGGCAAGCUCUCAUCAACCAUGGCAGCAGACUUGUCCUUCAUUCUGCCUGAGAAAAGAGUGGGAAGAUGAUGAGCCAGAUGAGUUUUCUGUAAAAAAUGAGUACCCAUCUGGAGAGUAUUUGAAGGCAAGAUGCAAGAGACUCAAGAUACAAGAUUCUAGAGAUAAAGAAGCUGAGCCAUCAACUUCUAAACUGCAAAGCUGCAGUCAUGUGAAAAAAAGCCAGGAACGUUUCAGAAGUGCUCUGGUUAACAUUAUAUUGCAGGAAGACAUUACUGAAGAACCCCUUAAUGAAUCCCAGUCUCCAAGAGCAGAUUCCUCUACAGCAAUAGAGAAGGAUAUUGUGAAAUACUACUAUUACAUUCGCCAUGGAAUUGAUACAGCAAAUGUAGCCCCACUGGAUGAAGCCUGGUUAGAUCACGUUUUAGUUUUAAUUCCACAGCAUCUGAAAUCAUUUGAUGAAAGCAUUCGUUCACUGACUGAUGAAAUGAAAGAAGACUAUUUUCUGAGUGUAAAGAAGGCUAUAGUUGACUUUGUCUUAAGAGACACCAGAGAAAAAGAUGAAGACAAGAAGAAAGAUAGUCUUUUACCUCAUCGUGCAGAAAUGGAAGUUGUCCCAAAACCUUGGAAUAAGUCUUUCAUGUCUGCGUACAGUUGCAUAAAAGAAAACUUGCAUGCAAUAAAUCCUUCAAUGCUAGCUGUUCUGAAGCUAUGGGAAACUUCGUUUAAAAACUUACGCCUUCUUGAUACAGAGCUAUUUCACAAGAAACAGGAAGCCAAGGAACUUGCAUCUUUCCAGGUUCAAGUCAUCCAGGAAAUUGGAAAAUCCAAAGCUGUUCUAUCUAGGAAGUGGCUUCCAGAAGUGCAGAAAAUCUUUUACCAAGGUAAUAAAAAAAAGCAAAUACCCAGCAAUGCCAGCACUGCUAAAUUAGAAGCCUUCUUCAGAUGUGCUGCCACUUUAAUGACUCGUCAACUGCAACAAUUACUUUUACAAUCAAUUCAGGACUUUACAGAUUUAAUUGUUCAACCAGCAAAGUCAGUUCGAGCUUACGAACACCCUGGUUUCAUCCUGAGGGCAACACUUGUGAAUGACUGUAUUAAAUUUGAACCUGACUUUAAUGACUAUGAGGAUGUAUUACUGAAUGUUUAUGCUGUGAUGAUUAAUGCUGUCAGUGAUAUACCAAGAAUUGAGACCAAAUUAUUUUCUAAGUUGCCAAAAAGCGAGUCCCUAUCAGCUGUCCUGAAACCUGUAAUCCUUGAUGAGAUCUUGGAUGAACAUAAGAGAAUGAUCAGAGAAGAAAUUAUCAAAGAAAGUGCUGCACCUGUGGAACAUGUCAAGGUUUAUGAUAAGUACAGCCUCCUGAUAAACAGACAAGCUGAACAAGAUACAGAUCAGUUCCUGACUGAGCAACAUACUUUUGAAGAAAUGAAAGGAGAAAUUAUGAAGUAUAAGAAACUCAGUGAGGAAUUAAAAUAUACUUUUAGAAAGUGUCUCCGUCUAGGAAUGUUUGAACUGCACUGUGAUGAAUUAACAAAUGCUUUGGCAAAGCGAGCAGAUAAUAUUAGUGAAAAAAUUAUUGCCAAAAUACUCAAAGAUCAUCAAGAUAUAAGUGUGAGGCUAUGCGAUGAAUUUGAGAGAAUAUCAGAAAAAGCCCUUAGUACUCCAUCUAGUACACAGGAGCUAAUGGAACUUAAGGCUUGUAUACAGAAAGUGGGAACACAGGACAUGCUUGAAUUGGAGCAGAAGUUGGUGGAUGCUUUAAAUUGUAUUGAUUUCCUGAUAGAGUGUGUCAGCUUUUCGCCAGCAGACAUUCGACUGAACAGGAACGUUUUUCAGUGGUAUGAACGAAUGCCAGAUAUCUUUGAAGAGCACAGAAAGAUAAUUGAGGAGAAAACAGAACAGUUUCAAGAUGGUCUUAAGGUACGGCGUGAACAAUUUGUGGAGGAUCUGAAAAGCUGUUUUAAGCAGAUUGAAGAACUUAGCACAUUUGGAGAUGUUCAGGAAGUCAAGAAGAAGGCACAAGCACUGAAAACAAAGUUGGAUCUUGCUGCUGAAAAGAUUGAUCAAUUUAAUGCAGAAGAAGAGUCAUUUGGAUGGCCAAUAUCUCAGUACCCUCAGCACAGAACAAUCCGGAAUGUUCUUGCUCCUUACCUACGUCUCUAUGAAAUGACUGUUGAAUUCAACAGAAAGCACGAGAGCUGGACAGAGGGGUCAUUUAUGGAAGUGGAUCCAGACAAAGUAGAGGGAGAUGUAGGAAACUACUGGCACGGAUUGUACAAGCUAGAAAAAACUUUCCACAAUUCUCCAAGUACUUUAGCACUAACACGGCAGGUUAAAUCAAAAGUGGAGGAAUUCAAGCACCACAUUCCCCUAAUUCAGGUGAUUUGCAGUCCUGGCUUGCAAGAAAGGCACUGGGAAGAAAUAUCAAAAAUUGCUGGUUUGAUUUCUGAAUGGGAUCAAAUGGAGUUCACUUUUCUUGCCUGCAGAGAAACAGGAAGCCAUAUUUUGUAAUCAGUAGACGAUAUUCAGCUGUUACUGGAUGAUCACAUUGUUAAAACUCAGACUGUGAGAGGCUCUCAAUUCAUUAAGCAUUAUGAGAAGAGGAUAAGGGAAUGGGAAGGAAAGCUGUUGUUACUGCAGGACAUCCUGGAUGAAUGGCUGAAGGUUCAGGCUACGUGGCUUUAUUUGGAGCCAAUUUUCAGUUCUCCUGACAUCAUGGCUCAGAUGCCUGAGGAAAGCAGGCAAUUCAAUACUUUUUUUAAAACAUGGAAAGACUUGAUGAGAUCAGUUUUUCAGGACAAACAUGUGCUGGCAGUGGUAACAAUAGACAAGAUGUUGGAAAAACUGAGGAAGUGCAAUGAAUUUCUGGAGAUAAUUCUCAAGGGACUUAAUGAAUACCUAGAGAAGAAGCGCCUGUUUUUCCCAAGAUUCUUUUUUUUAUCUAAUGAUGAACUCCUUGAGAUUCUUUCAGAGACCAAAGAUCCUACCCGAGUACAGCCUCACCUGAAAAAGUGUUUUGAAGGAAUUGCAAGAGUGGUGUUUACUGAUGUGUUAGAUAUUACACACAUUAAAAGUAGUGAAGGAGAGACUGUGAAACUCACGCAGACCAUUUCAACCUCUGAAGCUAGAGGUCAAGUUGAAAGAUGGCUCCUUGAACUGGAGGCAGCUAUGCUGAAUUCUGUCCACAAGGUCAUUCAGGAUGCAAUUGAAGCUUAUCCCAAAACUGCACGUGUUGACUGGGUACAAGAGUGGCCUGGACAAACUGUUCUUUGUGUAUCCCAAACUUUCUGGACGAUGCAGGUAGAGAUGUCUAUUAGAAAUGGCCAGAAGGCACUAGAGGAUUUUCUGGAACAGAAUAACAGACAGAUAGAGGACAUUGUCACCUUGGUGCGAGGAAAGCUGUCUAAGCAGAAUCGUGUGACGCUUGGAGCACUUGUUGUGCUUGAUGUUCAUGCUAGGGAUGUCCUUGCAUCUCUAGUAAGCAAGAAAAUCAAAGAUGAGAAUGACUUUGAAUGGCUAAGUCAGCUUAGAUACUACUGGGAGGAAGGACAUCUUCAAACAAGAAUGAUCAAUGCUGGACUGAGAUAUGGAUAUGAAUAUCUUGGCGAUAUACCUAGGCUGGUUAUUACUCCACUUACAGACAGGUGCUACAGAACCCUAUUUGGUGCGCUACAUCUACAUCUUGGAGGUGCUCCUGAAGGUCCUGCAGGAACUGGAAAAACAGAAACGACAAAAGAUUUAGCCAAGGCUGCUCUCUUUAGAACGGUAGCUAUGAUGGUUCCUGAUUAUGCCAUGAUUGCAGAGAUAGUUCUGUAUUCUUGUGGUUUUGUUUCUGCACGACCUCUAUCUGUAAAAAUUGUGGCUACGUACCGUCUGUGUUCUGAGCAGUUGUCAUCCCAGCACCAUUAUGAUUAUGGAAUGAGAGCUGUGAAGUCAGUACUUACUGCUGCUGGCAACCUGAAGCUGAAAUAUCCAUCGGAAGAUGAAGAGAUUCUGCUGCUUAGAUCCAUUACAGAUGUUAACCUGCCUAAAUUCUUGUCUCACGAUUUACCACUUUUUGAGGGUAUUACCUCUGAUUUGUUUCCUGGUGUGAAGCUGCCAAAACCAGACUACAAUCUGUUGGAAGCCAUCAAAACAAACUGUGUUGCUAUGAAUUUGCAAAUGACUGAUGUAUUUACUAUGAAGAUCCUGCAGAUAUAUGAGAUGAUGAUCGUGCAUCACGGCUUUAUGAUAGUUGGAGAGCCUUUUGGUGGAAAAACUUGUGCGUAUCGAGUUCUGGCAGGAGCACUGGGGGACGUAUGCGAGAAGGGGCUGAUGGAAGAAAACAAAGUUCAGAUCACAGUUUUAAAUCCCAAAUCCAUAACAAUGGGUCAGCUAUAUGGACAGUUUGAUCCAGUUUCACAUGAAUGGUCAGAUGGCAUCCUAGCUGUAAGUUUCAGAGCGUUUGCUUCUUCUCAGACCCCAGAUAGGAAAUGGCUAAUUUUCGAUGGACCAGUGGAUGCAGUAUGGAUUGAGAAUAUGAAUACUGUGCUUGACGAUAAUAAAAAGUUGUGCCUUAUGAGUGGAGAGAUCAUCACAAUGUCACAGCAAAUGAGCCUUAUUUUUGAACCAAUGGAUUUAGAAGUUGCUUCUCCUGCUACUGUUUCAAGGUGUGGUAUGAUCUAUAUGGAGCCCCAUGUAUUAGGCUGGAGACCAUUAAUGAUUUCUUGGCUAAAUACAAUGCAUUCAGGAAUCAGCUCUGCUCAUAAAGAAUUUAUAGUGGGCCUCUUUGAUGCGAUGGCUCCUCUCUGUCUUGAGUUUAUUAGGAAACACACAAAGGAACUGUCUCCUACUUCAGAUACAAACUUAAUUCAGUCGCUAAUGAAUCUGAUGGACUGCAUGAUGGAUGAAUUUGCAGAUGAAGCCAAAGUUAAAGCUAUGAAUGACCAUGACAUUUUUUCUUGGCUUGAGGGUAUUUUUUUAUUUUCACUGACAUGGUCUGUAGGAGCUAGCUGUAAAGAGGACGACCGUAUGAAGUUUGACAAAAUUGUUCGAGAAAUGCUUGAAGGACCAAUUAGUGAGAAGACAAGGGAGCAAUAUAAAUUGUUGAGUGGUAUUGAUCAACGCGCUUCAAAGGCGUUCACAGUCCCAUUUCCAACAGAAGGAACCAUUUAUGAUUAUCGGUUUGUCAAAAAGGGAGCAGGGAUUUGGGAACCUUGGGUGGAAACGCUCAAGUCAGCUCCUCCUAUACCUCAGGAUGUGACAUUUAAUGAAAUAAUAGUGCCAACUCAGGAUACAGUUCGAUAUAUGUCUCUGAUGGAGUUGUUGACAGUGCAUCAAAAGCCUUCUAUGUUUGUGGGGCCGACAGGAACUGGAAAAAGUACCUAUAUCACUAAUUUCCUUUUAAAUAAUUUGAAUAAAGAAGUCUAUAAGCCACUGCUCAUUAACUUUUCAGCACAAACUACGGCAGCUCAGACUCAGAAUAUUAUCAUGUCAAAGCUGGAUAAAAGGAGAAAAGGAAUUUUUGGGCCUCCUCUAGGGAAGAGAAUGGUUGUAUUUGUAGAUGAUGUUAACAUGCCAGCCCGAGAGGUCUAUGGUGCUCAACCUCCUGUUGAAUUACUACGACAGUGGUUAGAUCACUGGAAUUGGUAUGACCUUAAAGAUUGCUCAAUGAUUAAACUUGUAGAUAUUCAGAUCGUUUGUGCAAUGGGACCACCAGGUGGCGGUCGAAACCCAGUAACACCACGAUUCUUGCGACACUUCAAUAAAAUCACCAUUAAUGAAUUUGAUGAUGAAUCCAUGUACACGAUAUUUUCUAGAAUCUUAGACUGGCAUCUAACUAUAUGUUACAGCUUUCCACCUCAAUUUAUAGAACUGAUUCCACAAGUUAUUAAUGGAACCGUGCGUAUAUAUAAAGAAGCUAUGAAGAAUCUACUUCCUACCCCAGCCAAAUCACACUAUUUGUUCAAUCUCCGUGAUUUUUCACGUGUUAUUCAAGGUGUUUGCCUGUCAAGGCCUGAAACAAUAGAUUCUACAGAAAUGAUAAAACGUCUCUGGGUUCAUGAGGUCCUUAGAGUAUAUUAUGAUCGUUUGGUGGAUAAUCCUGAUCGGGCUUGGCUUGUUGGAUUUAUCCAAGAAGUUGUGAAUAAAGACCUGCAUGAAGACUUUCAUGAACUUUUCCAGAAUCUGGACUCCAAUAAUGAUGGCAGAGUGGAGGAAGAUGACUUACGUACUUUAAUGUUUUGUGAUUUUCAUGACCCUAAAAGAGACGACACUAAAUAUAGAGAGAUCACUGAUGUGGAUCAGCUGAGAUUAGUUGUAGAGAGUCACCUCGAAGAGUUUAAUAACUUAAGCAAAAAGCCAAUGCAGCUAGUCUUGUUCCAGUUUGCUAUAGAACAUAUUUGUAGAAUUUCCCGUAUUCUGAAACAGCCUCGUAGCCAUGCCCUCCUUGUUGGUGUUGGAGGUAGUGGCCGACAGUCUCUUACUCGAUUAGCAGCCCACAUGGCUGAGUACAACCUUUUCCAGGUUGAAAUAACCAAAAGUUACGGUACCAAUGAAUGGCACAAAGACUUGAAAGAUAUACUAAGAAAAUCUACAGAAGCAGAAACGCAGGGAGUUUUCUUGUUCACUGAUACGCAGAUAAAAAAAGAGUCAUUCUUAGAAGACAUUAACAACUUACUAAAUGCAGGUGAAGUGCCAAACCUUUUUGCAUUAGAUGAGAAACAAGAAAUUUGUGAACAAAUGCGUCAAAUAGAUCGCCAGAGGGACAGGACCAAACAAACUGAUGGUAGUCCUAUAGCUCUUUUUAACAUGUUUGUUGAUCGCUGCCGAGAUCAACUUCAUAUAGUACUGGCAAUGAGUCCAAUUGGAGAUGCUUUCCGUAAUCGCCUUCGUAAAUUUCCCGCUCUUGUCAACUGCUGCACGCUGGACUGGUUUCAGACGUGGCCUGAAGAUGCAUUGGAAGCAGUUGCCUCUCGCUUCUUGGAAGAUGUCGAAAUGUCAGAAGAAACUCGAAGUGGGUGUAUUGAUAUGUGUAAAAGCUUUCAUACAUCUACCAUUGUUUUAUCUGAUUUAUACCACGCGGAGCUUCAGAGACACAACUAUGUUACACCUACUUCGUACUUGGAAUUGAUCUCCACUUUUAAAACUCUGCUUGAAAAGAAACGCACCAAGGUGAUGGAAAUGAAAAGAAGAUACGAAGUUGGCUUGGAGAAACUGAACUCUGCUGCAUCUCAAGUCGCCUCAAUGCAGUCUGAGCUGGAAGCUCUGCAGCCUCAGUUACAGGAAGCCAGCACACAGGUCGAUGAGAUGAUGGUGGUUAUUCAAAAAGAAUCCUCAGAAGUAGCCAAAACUGAAAAAAUUGUGAAAGCUGAUGAAGCAGUGGCAAAUGAGCAAGCUAUGGCUGCCAAAGCCAUCAAAGACGAAUGCGAUGCUGACUUAGCUCAAGCACUGCCUUAUUUAGAAGCUGCUCUGGCUGCUCUUGACACUCUCACUGCACAGGAUAUUACAGUGGUUAAGUCCAUGAAGAGUCCUCCUGCUGGUGUCAAGCUUGUAAUGGAAACCAUAUGCAUCCUUAAAGGUAUCAAGGCAGAUAGGAUUCCUGAUCCAACAGGUUCCGGAAGAAAAAUUGAGGAUUUCUGGGGUCCGGCUAAGAGACUUCUGGGUGACAUAAGAUUUCUUCAGUCUCUUCGUGAAUACGACAAGGAUAACAUUCCCCCGGCUUACAUGGCUAUCAUAAGAAAACAGUAUCUUACAAAUCCUGAGUUUGUACCGGACAAGAUUCGAAAUGCUUCCACGGCAGCAGAGGGUCUAUGCAAAUGGGUCAUAGCCAUGGAUGUUUAUGAUAAAGUGAUAAAAAAUGUUGCGCCCAAAAAGCUGAAGUUGAAUGAAGCUGAAGCAGAACUGAAGAUUGCUAUGGAUGGUCUAAGAAAGAAACAGGCUGACCUGAAAGAAGUCCAGGAUAAACUGGCUGUACUCCAACAGACGCUGGAAUCCAAGAAACAGGAGAAGGCUGACUUAGAAAAUCAGGUUGACCUAUGCCGCAAAAAAAUGCAGCGAGCAGAGCAGUUGAUUGGAGGCCUCGGUGGUGAAAAGACUCGUUGGAAUGAGACCGCUUUGGAGCUGGCAAGGCAGUACAUCAAUUUGACUGGAGAUAUACUUAUUUCGUCAGGAAUCGUAGCUUACCUAGGAGCAUUUACAUCCAGCUACAGAAAAAUGCAAACCAAAGAGUGGACGUUAAUGUGUAAAGCGAGAAACAUUCCUUGUUCUGACGAUUUUUCCUUAAUGACUACCUUGGGAGAGCCGGUGAAAAUCAGAGCUUGGAAUAUUGCUGGGUUACCCUCUGACACAUUUUCUAUUGAUAAUGGCAUCAUUAUCUCAAAUGCGAGAAGAUGGCCUCUUAUGAUAGAUCCCCAGGGUCAAGCAAAUAAAUGGAUAAAGAACAUGGAAAAAGUCAAUAGCUUGCACGUGAUCAAGCUCAGCGACCCUCAGUUUGUUACGACACUGGAAAAUUGCAUUCAGUUUGGCAGUCCUGUGCUUCUAGAGAAUAUCGGAGAAGAACUGGAUCCUAUUCUAGAGCCACUGUUGCUCAAACAGACGUUUAAGCAGUCGGGAAGUAUAUGCAUUUGCCUCGGAGACUCCACUAUCGAGUAUGCUCCUGAAUUCCGCUUUUAUAUUACGACUAAGCUGAGAAAUCCUCAUUAUCUUCCUGAAAUAUCUGUCAAGGUAACGCUAUUGAAUUUCAUGAUAACUUCAGAAGGAAUGCAGGAUCAGCUUCUUGGAAUAGUAGUUGCAAGAGAAAGACCAGAUCUCGAAGGAGAAAAACAAGCCCUCAUCCUUCAAGGGGCUGCAAAUAAAAGGCAAUUAAAAGAAAUAGAAGACAAGAUUUUAGAAGUUCUUUCGGCUUCGGAAGGAAAUAUUUUGGAGGAUGAAACCGCUAUUAAGAUAUUGUCUUCUUCCAAAGUUCUGGCUAACGAGAUUUCUGAAAAGCAAGCUGUAGCCGAAGAAACAGAAAAGAAGAUUGAUGCCACUCGUAUGGGCUAUCGUCCUAUUGCUGUCCAUUCAUCGAUCUUGUUUUUUUCUAUUACCGAUCUAGCCAACAUUGAGCCGAUGUAUCAGUACUCUCUCAUGUGGUUUAUUAACCUUUUCACCAUGUCUAUAGAUAACUCAGAGAAAUCAGAAGAUUUACAAACAAGGUUGAAGAUUCUCAAGGAUCAUUUCACUUACUCUCUUUACGUCAAUGUCUGUCGUUCACUGUUUGAAAAGGACAAGCUGCUCUUCUCUUUCUAUCUAACUGUGAAUCUCCUGAAAUAUGAGAAAAUGAUUAACGAGGAUGAAUGGAAAUUCCUAUUGACCGGUGGCAUAGGCUUGGACAAUCCCUUCUCUAAUCCGUGCACCUGGCUUCCUCCGCAAUCAUGGGAUGAAAUCUGUCGGCUAGAAGACUUGCCGUGCUUCACGAACAUUAGUAAGGAUUUUACGCGACUUAAAGACGGAUGGAAAACCGUGUACGACAGCUUGGAUCCUCAGUACGAGGAUUUUCCUGCAGAGUGGCAAGAAAAGUUGGGUGAAUUCCAAAGGAUGCUCAUCAUUCGCUGUCUGAGACCUGACAAGAUGAUACCAACAGUGCAGGAAUUCAUCGUUCACAAUCUGGGCCGUCCGUUUAUCGAGCCACCUCCAUUUGAUUUGUCGAGAGCGUUUUCUGAUAGCCACUCUUGCGCACCACUGAUAUUCAUACUUUCUCCAGGUGCCGAUCCCAUGGCAGCGCUCGUUAAGUUUGCUGACGAUCAGGGAUACAGCGACACAAAACUCAGUUCUCUGUCGCUCGGACAAGGCCAAGGCCCAAUAGCCAUGAAAAUGAUAGAGAAGGCAGUGAAGGAAGGAACAUGGAUAGUUCUGCAGAAUUGCCAUUUGGCGAGCUCGUGGAUGCCCACGCUGGAACGAGUGUGCGAGGAGCUUAACCCCGACACAACGCAUCCGGAUUUCAGAAUCUGGCUCACCAGUUACCCAUCUGCCACGUUUCCGGUGUCCGUACUUCAGAACGGAGUGAAAAUGACGAACGAAGCACCGAAAGGUUUACGAGCAAACAUAAUUCGUUCGUACCUGAUGGAUCCCAUAUCUGACCCUAAUUUUUUCAACAGCUGCAAAAAAACGGCUGAGUUCAAGGCAUUGCUGUACGGCCUGUGCUUCUUCCACGCGCUGGUGCAAGAAAGGCGGAAGUUCGGGCCGCUGGGUUGGAACAUUCCAUACGAGUUCAACGAGACGGAUCUGCGCAUCAGCGUGCAGCAGCUGCACAUCUUCCUGGACCAGUACGAGGAGGUCCCAUACGAUGCUCUUCGCUACAUGACCGGGGAAUGUAACUACGGCGGCAGAGUCACCGACGACUGGGAUCGCCGCACACUCCGUAGCGUUCUGAACACUUUUUUCUCAUCAGAAGUCAUUACCAAUAGAGAUUACAAGUUUGAUUUGAGCGGCCUUUACUUCGUUCCUCCUGAAGGUGACCACGGAAGCUACAUUGAAUAUACCAGGAUGCUCCCACUGAAUCCUUCCCCAGAGAUAUUUGGAAUGCAUGCCAAUGCCGAUAUUACUAAGGAUCAGUCAGAAACACAGCUGUUAUUUGACAGCAUUCUUCUUACUCAGUCCAGGGCAGCUGGUACGGGUGCCAAAUCCAUGGAUGACAUUGUUCACGAUGUGACAGGUGACAUCUUGAGUAAACUGCCCUGUGACUUUGACAUUGAAACAGUAAGCAGAAAGUAUCCAACUGCCUACAGUGAAAGUAUGAACACAGUGCUUGUGUCAGAAGACAGGGACUUCGAGAGGAAGGCAGAUUAA